AUGGCGCAACCAGUGGAGCAGAGCCCCUACUUCACCGAGCGAAGAGCAAACGGCGCUCUCAUCGUGUCAGACGCUCCUAAAUUCGACCUGGAGAGUUACGCCGCCAACUAUGACCAACACACUCGAGUGAACCGUCUCAGCAACAUUGCCCAUCUGUGUCCGCCGCUAGCCCUCGAUGCCCUUCACUUGGCCAUCCCCGCAUCUAAGAACGCAAAGGACACCCAGCAAUACCUCGAUCUUACAAAACUGCUUCAUUUGAUCAGCCCUGACGACGACCUGGCUGAAGUCGACACCGCAUGGGUCGAAAAAACCAACAAACUGAACGAACAUGAGACGGAACGCCUGGAAAACGAGCUUCGCGGCUACAAGAACAACCUCAUCAAGGAAAGCAUCAGAAUGGGUCAGGAAGACCUGGGCACUCACUUGCUUAACAUGAAUAGGCUGGACCAGGCAACAAAGGCCUACCAUAAGAUGCGCGAGUUCUGCACCACUCCCAAGCACAUUGCCGAAAUGACCCUCAAGUUGGCAUACAUUAACAUUGUUACUCCCAACUGGAUCUCGGCUGUCUCAUCGGCUCAGAAGGCCCGCUCGCUGACCCUUCGUCCUGAGGACAAGCCUCGCUUCGACUCUGUUUCACAAGCAUGCACUGGUCUGGGUUACCUUGGCUCCGGCAACUACGCCCCUGCCGCCUAUGCCUUUUUGGCAGUCGACCCCUCAUACGCCAGCGUUGGCCCCGUCGCAAACAUCGAUUUCUCCCGCGCCGUCAUGACCGCCAACGACAUAGCUGUAUACGGAGGUCUCUGUGCUCUAGCUUCCAUGGACCGCCAACAACUCCAAGACUCGGUUCUUGAAAACGCAAACUUCCGCAAUUUCCUCGAACUCGAACCUCACAUUCGUCGCGCAAUCUCCUUCUUCUGCGGCGCAAAGUACAGCCAGUGUCUAGCCAUCCUCGAAGCGUACCGUAACGACUACUUGCUCGAUAUCUUCCUUGGCCCUCACGUCAACAUGCUUUACCAGCUUAUCCGCAGCAAGAGUAUUGUUCAAUACUUUGUUCCCUUCUCACAAGUCACCCUCUCAGCUCUGACAGAGGCAUUCCCCCGACCAGGCGGUACACCCCAGAUGAUGGAGGCAGAGCUGGUCGAUAUGAUCCAACGCGGCAUCCUCAAUGCCAGAAUUGACACAGUGGACCAACUGCUUAUUGCACCGCCAAAGGACUCUCGCGCCGAUGCCCAUCGCGGUGUCAUUGAGACUGCUGACGAGAUUGAACAUCUCUUGCGUCUCAAGUUGCACAAGAUCAACAUGGUCCAGGCUGGUCUUGAGAUCCAAGCUCCAAAGACAUCAAAGGGACCAAAGAAUCCUGUUUCUUCGUCUUGGGGACCUGGUCAGACGCUUGGUUGA